UUGUUCUGAUUUGUUCUUCUAACAAGUAGAUAUAAAAGUGUGGAAAACUACUUUGCGGACACAGUCGGACUAUCGUAAAUAUAAAAUUAACGUACCUUCAUGUAAUAAACUCGGGCUUUGAAAAUUCCACUCCCUCCUGGUGGUAAGCAGCAGACAGCAGAGAGAGGGAACAGUGGUUCGGUUUUCAAAACAUUGUUAAGUAAUAUAUCUUCAUGCUAGCGAACUGUACUUGUUAACGUCAAUCAAGAACGAUGUGUUGAGAGAGCACGAUCUACCACUGUAUCUGAUCGAGAUUAAUGAAGCAGCGGCAUUUGUUACGACCACGUUUCAUCGAUCCAUCGUCAGCUACGAUCCAGAGAGCCGGAUAACAUGGUUGUACCGAAGGACUUUCAUCUCCCGUCGGACGAAGAAUUGACCACGCAAGAAUUGAACAUCGGCUGGCCUUACAUUCAAGCCGCUGCUGUGUUCCUCGGAAAACGAUGCGAAUGGUUCAACAAUGAGUUCAUGUUAUGCAGGUACGAGUUAAGGGAUCCGCGCAAGUGUCUGAAGGAAGGGAAGGAUGUGACGAAGUGCGCGCUCGAAGGGUUACAGGACAUCAAGAAACACUGCCGAAAAGAGUUCGAAGCUCACGUAGAUUGCGUUAUAAAUCACGACCCUGUGGUGCUAGAUCAUGCUAAGUGUGCGAAGACCAAGCAAAUGUUCGACGAGUGCAUGGCAAAGAAUUUGAACCUGGAGAGACCACCGUUCGGCUAUUUCUGCGAAGCCAAAGUGCACAACACGUCGAGGCCGAAACCACAGAAAGAGAAACGCGAAUAUCCGGACGCUACGCCGGAACCUGUAGCUCCUCCGUAUCCGCCGUCCAAACACGAUGGACGCAAAGGUUUUGCAAUGUAAUUGUUAGCGUCGCUACAAAUUUUUGUAGUAAGGAUAUACCAGAAUUUUAUUUGAGACCGAAUGUUGUCGAGCAGUCUGUUUGUAUUUGUUCUGAGUUCGGGAAUAAAUGCAAGUAAGUGCAUGAAGAGUC